UCACCCUCCCUCUACCUCCCAACUCCAAUCCCAUACAAGUCCGAUCGCCCGGAGAUUCGAAUUCUCCGGCCGGUAUUUCCGCCGGACGGCCACCGGAGGACUCUGAAAGUUACACGCUUUAUGGCGGUGGGAAGUUAUUCCAUUCUUCUUCCUUCGGAAAUCGAGCGCGGCGAUUGCAGAAGGGUUGGGUUAUAAAUGGCGUCGAUCGCGAUGUUUUGCUUUCUUCUUUUCCACCCUUUUCUCUGAUGAGUUCUCGAUCGCCUUUUCUUGCAUCCGAGUUUUCUCGGUCGUUGCUUUAAUUCGAGCUCUGGAGUCGUUUUCGUAGGGUUAUGGUAUUAGGAUUUCUUGUGAUCUUGUGUCAGAGCUUGGAUUCCUCCAUUUUUGCCUCGAUUUAAGGGAGGAAUUUUGGAGCUUUAGAAAUAGAGCUGUAAUGGUUUUUUCCUCGAUUUCUGUCUUUUAAAGAUUUCUGUAGCUUGGGUUGAGAUAAAGAGAUUGAGGAGUGAAGGCGUCUGGAUUUAGGGGAAACCAUGCCGUUUCCGAUGAAGAUCCAACCGAUCGACGCGAAGGACAUUCUGAGGAGCGAGCGAGCCAAGCCGGCGGCGAAAUCACGGCUGAAGCGGCUCUUUGAGCGGCAAUUCCAAUUCCCGGCAGUGCGGAGGAUCUCGUCGGCGGAGAAGCUUGCCGCCGCCGCCGCCGCCGCCGAUCCGGAGCCGAGCUCGUUGUGCCUGGACAACAUGGUCGAGAGCUUCAUCGAGGACAACAACAGCGAGAAGCCGUCCCGCUGCGGUCGCCACCGUUGCAACUGCUUCCAUGGUAACUGCGACGACAGCUCCGACGUGGACACUGACUUCCCCGCCACUACCAGCGACGCCCCUCCGAUCAUUCCCACCACCUCCGAUGCCGCUGAGUUCGUCAAGGAUCGACAUGCUCUCCAGGGUUUGGUGCUCUGCACGAGUGUGGCGGAGAGGAAUCUCUUGGCGGACGCGUCGAAAAUCGUGGAGAACACCAGGAUCGGCGGCAAAGGGAAGGAAGAUUCUAGAAGGGCCGUCGCUGACAGCCUCCGCGCCCUCGGCUACGACGCCGCUGUCUGCAAGUCUCGCUGGGACAAAGCCCCCUCCUUUCCGGCCGGGGAGUAUGUGUACGUGGACGUGAUCGUGGCCAAGGAGCGGUUGCUGGUGGACGUGGACUUCCGAUCGGAGUUCGAGAUCGCACGGUCGACGAAGAGCUAUCGGGCGGUGCUGCAAUUGCUCCCUUCCAUCUUCGUCGGGAAGGAGGACCGGCUGCAGCAGAUCGUGGCCGUCGUCUGCGAGGCGGCUCGGCAGAGUCUCAAGAAGAAGGGCCUCCACUUUCCGCCGUGGCGGAAACCCGAGUACAUGCGGGCCAAGUGGCUUUCCUCCUACGAGCGGACGGCCCCGAUCAUCUCCCCAGAAAUCAACGAACAACGAUCGAACGGCGAAGAAGAAGAAGUCGAAGCGAGAGGGGAGUCGGAAGAUGAAAAGGAGACUGACAACAGCGGGGGCGGCGCCACCCUUUCGAUGGUUGCCACCGCUGAGGCGGCAGCGGAGGAGGUGACGGUGGCGUGGUUGCCGUGGGAGCCGCCGGCGGUGAAGCCGAAGGCCGCUGAUAGGGGGGCGAAGGUAGUCACCGGCUUGGCAUCCGUUCUCAGAGAGAAACCCUGAUCUUCGAAUUUUUGGCUUUUUUUUGCUGAGAAAAAUAUAUAAUCGGAAAAUUUAGCCCUUUUUUUUUUGGCGCUCUUUUGUGGGCUUGUACUAAGAGAAUUUCCUCUUUUGUAAAUAUGAUAUCAUAAAAUAACAUUUCUUUUCUAAAUAAUUAA